GAUCGGUUUUACUUCAAAAACCACGCCUACAGCCCUCAUAAAAAGGACAUUGAGAACUCGAAUGAAGAUCCAACAUGGCCCUGAUCGCUGGGGAAUCCGUGAAAUCCCGAACAAAGAGCCUUUCCCAACAUUCGUCGGAACCUACAAUGCCGCAGAUAGACCGCGGACAGAAGAAAUCCGACAUGCAUUCGAUUCUUCAAGUGCAAAUUCGUUCCAAGAAACAUUAAGUAUUGACAUGGUCGACGGAGGAUGGAAUAAAUGACAUAUAUUUAGCUAUCGAUAUAAAAC